CUCGACUCCCUCACGCUCUCUCACAUCACAUGUGCACUCACUCGUCUCCUUCCCUAACCUCUAUAACUGUGUCGUCACCGCUCUCUUUCCCAUGACAUUUUCUCCCUUUGAAAACCCUAGUUAUCCACUAUUCCCAAAGCCCUGAAUUCAUCGGACCAAAGCACAAGAAAAAACAAAAAAAGAUACACACACGAAAAGCACCUAUUCCCAAAGAUCGAUGAUGAACUACAACGACAACAUCGACUCUUGUUCCUCUGCUCCUCUUAAUAACGAUUCCUCUUCCCCUCACAAGAACUGGCUCGCUUUCUCUCUCUCGGACGGCAACAGCUUAAACUCUUCGCAAAACCCUAAUCUUGCUUUGCCCUUUUCCUCUUCCUCCUCUUUGUCAGCGGAUAAUCGUCAGCUCUCUUUCUUCCAUGCUUUUGCCACGAACCCUGGUGCACCGUUAAAUGCUCGAGUUCAUGGACAAGAGCAACACGGCCCUCCCGGAGACACCGGUAGCGCUGGCGAGGCUUCGACGGCGAUUCUAUCAGUUUUUUCCGGUGGUCCUAAACUGGAGGAUUUCCUCGGCGGCGGUAGAGUCACGACAGCGGUCCCUACACCGCUCGCAACACAAAUGCAAUUGCAGCCGGUCGGUGGAGUUGUCUUCUCCGGUGAGCCUACGCCGCCUUCCGCGGCGGAGAUCUACGACUCCGAGCUGGAAUACAUAGCUGCUAGCUUCCUCGGGAAUUUCUCCGGCGGACCCACCACCCAUUCGUCGGAGGGCCAUAGUGUUCAUCGUCAGCUACAGCAACAACAAAAACCAGUUGUGUCGGAGACAUCGGGUCCGAAGAAGAACGUAGAGACUUUCGGACACCGUACUUCCAUUUACAGAGGAGUCACGAGGCAUAGAUGGACCGGAAGAUACGAAGCUCAUCUGUGGGAUAAUAGUUGUCGAAGAGAAGGUCAAAGCCGAAAGGGAAGGCAAGUUUAUUUAGGUGGCUAUGAUAAGGAAGAGAAAGCAGCAAGAGCUUACGACCUCGCAGCUCUCAAGUACUGGGGUCCCACAACCAUAACCAACCCCACAACUACCACUAAUUUCCCGAUUUCAAACUACGAGGCUGAACUCGAGGAGACGAAACACACGACGAGGCAAGAGUUUGUUGCCUCACUUCGACGAAAAAGCAGCGGAUUUUCGAGAGGCGCAUCCAUCUACAGGGGCGUCACGAGACAUCAUCAGCAUGGGAGGUGGCAGGCCCGAAUAGGACGAGUUGCGGGCAACAAAGACCUUUACCUCGGCACCUUCAGCACUCAAGAAGAGGCGGCAGAGGCGUACGACAUAGCGGCGAUCAAAUUCCGAGGCUUGAACGCAGUCACAAACUUCGACAUCAGCCGCUACGACGUGGAAUCGAUGGCAAGCGGAAAUCUUCCGAUUGGAGGAGGACUCGUUCCCAACCGGUCCAAGACAUCCUCGUCCGACAACAAUACCCUUGACCGCCUGUGUCCGCCCCAUUUCAACGUGGCCGCGUCCACUCCCGGACCCGAUCCCUCGGCAAUAUUCCCCGUCAAGACGGACUCGUCUGUUCAUCAUCAUCAUCAUCAUCAUCAUUAUUGGUCUAACGUUUUCGGCCUAGCGAACACCGCAUCGCUCGUGCAACAAGGCAGAGACAGCCUCGUGCCCUUGGUCGGGAGUGAAGGGUACAACGGUAAUUCCGCAUCGGGCGUGGCCUCGACAUCGACUAUGACGAUAGGUAACAACAGCGUUUCAGAGUCUUACCAAUCGGCAAAGCCGAAUCUCUCUCUUUUGCAGACUCCCAUCUUUGGAAUGGAAUGAGGAAUGAGCUCAGCCCACUGGAAAAAAAAACCAACAAAAAAGAAAAUAAAAGUUUCAAGGAGCUGGUAUACAUGUGUUUCAAUAUUUUUGUCUCUUAAUCAAACGUUAGGGAUCAUGUAAAAUUUAAAGAUAUUGGUUUAUAAUUAAAUACCAUUCAGAAAACUUCGGAUC